UCUGGACGCCGGAAGUGAACAGUAGUUCCUGUUCGGGAUGUUUAUUGGCUCGACAGAAACAGGGCGAAAAAAGUGGAACUGCAGGAAAAGAGAGGUCUGUCGAUGGUUAUAAAUGGAAUACACUAUGAACUCUAACAGCCCCUUUGGUGGACAGAAUCCAUCUGGCUCCCUUGGUCAGAAUCAGGGCAGUUCAUUGUUUGGACAACCAUCUGCGUUUGGACAGACAUCAACAGCUUCACCUGUUCCUUUAUUUGGUCAGACUUCAUCUAGUCCUUCAGCUCCCUUAUUUGGACAGACUUCAGGUAGUCAUUCAGCUCCUGCAUUUGGGCAAACUUCUAGUACCCAUUCAGUCCCUGUGUUUGGGCAAGCCUCUACUGCCCAGUCAGCUCCCAUGUUUGGACAAACCUCUACUGGCCAAAUGACUUCCCUCUUUGGACAGACCUCUACUGGUCAAUCGAAUUCCAUGUUUGGGCAAGUCUCUACAAGCCAAUCAGUUCCUCUUUUUGGGCAAGUCUCUUCUAGCGAGCCUCCCCCAUAUGGACAAGCCAUCUCUAGCCAAAUAGGUUCCCUUUUUGGACAAGCCUCUAGCAAGCAAUCCGCUCCAUUAUUUGGACAGACCUCUUCUGCACAGUUAACUCCUGCAUUUGGACAGACCACAACUAGCCAAUCUACUUCUAUAUUUGGACAAACACAUGCCAGUCAGACUGCUUCCAUGUUUUCUCCUGGGCAGCCUCCCUCAAUAUUUGGUCAAGCCUCCACUGGGCAAUCUACUCCCAUGUUUGGGCAGAAUGCUUCUGGUCAGUCUUCUGUGUUUGGACAGUCUACAAGUGGACAACCUGCUCCUGUCUUUGGGAAUACAAUUACUACUCAGUCUAAUCCUGCAUUUGGACUUGCCACAACUUCCCAAUCAUUGUCCGCUUUUGGGCAGGUUACAAAUUCUCAAUCUGUACCUGCUUUUGGACAACUCACUGGCAGCCAGUCUACAAAUCUUUUUGGACAAGUUAAUACGUGCCAGUCCAUACCCAUCUUUGGACUGUCCACCACAAGCCAGUCAACUUCUGUGUUUGGUCAGACAACAACUAGCCAGACUUCUACUGUACCAAACUUGACAAGUAAUGUAACAUUUGGAACAAGUGUGCCAGUGUUUGGGCAAGGUACUGUUGCAUCCACGACUUCUUCACUUAGUCAGGCGGGUAAUGGGCAGGGUUCUGUGUUUGCGCAGGCAAACUCUGGACAGGGUUUUCAGUUUGGACAGAUAUCUGCUCAGACUUCCUCUGGUUUUGGACAGACAGCCACCAGCCAAACACCUGGCCUUCAGACUACCUUUAGUACAGCCCCGUUACAAAAGUCUGGAUCAUCAUUUACGCAAGGUGCAGUCAAUUUUGAGCAAUCUUUGUUUCGUAAAGUCACAGGUGGAUCUGAACAACCUGUUUUUGGACAAAAUAGUGGGACAUCUGAGAAAACAUCUGCUACUUUAGAAAAUUCAGGAAGUGCCUCUGUGUUUGGGCAGGUUAAUUCAGAAACUGAUUCAUCAGGUACAAAAAUACUUAACAACUUGGAGCAGAUAUCUAACGAGUCUUCCCGAAGCAACUUUCAACCUCCAUCAAAUUCUACUUUCAAGCCAAUUUUUGGAGCAGUCUCUGAAACGGAGAAUCCAGCGACUAUGUCUAAUAAUAAUCAGAUGUCCAGUCAUAUUCAGCCUAUUGUUCAUACUGGUUCUAGGGAAUCACAGAACAGUACCACAUUUUCUUUUACUUCAGCCGAUAGCAAAGGUAAGGAUGAAACUGCACCUUCACGACCUGUCUGUGGUGUUAGUAGCAAUUUUUCAAAUUUUGUAAACCCUGUUACUAGCUCAGAUCUCUUACAUGUAGGUGAAGUGUCCAAGAAAGAGGAGUCUCCAAAAGGCAUUAAGAGGAAGGAAGAUAUGGGAAGAUCUUCUGUAAAACAUGAGCCUCCCUACUUAGAGGAGAACUUUCCAAGUUCUCGCAGUGAUAAUCCUCCAGAAAAGAAGCCCAGCAGGCUUGCACGACAACUCACAGGUGGUGCCACCAUGUACGUUAGAAGCUUAUAUGAUGUAGUUAAAAGUCAUAUAAAGACUCAACAUAAAAAGGACUCUGAAGAAGUUAUGCACCACCAAGAGCCUCAAACUGAAUCACCACCAGCUGGUUACCCAGUUGAAAACCAAUCUACAGCCAUUAAAACAGCUGUUAGUUCAAGUCAAACUCUGUCUAGCAAAGUUCCAUCGUUUGCUGGAACCAACCAACAAAUGCCAAAGCGUAACUAUGUGCAAGCUGGACAAAGCCAAUCACUUGUUUCUAGAGCUCAUCUUACAGCAGGGAUUAGCCAACAAAAUAUGGAAAAAUCCAAUCCAAGUGUUCGAAGUCAGCUAGCACUUAACAGAGCUCAACCUUUGCCUGAGAGUGAGGAGCAGUCAUCGGACAAUUUAGCUGUUCCUGCUAAAACACCACUGCGCCGGACAUGCAGAGCAGACAGUGGGCCAAGAACAGACCGGGCAAUGCGAUCUCCAAAUGACCUGACUUCCAUUCAUGUCACCAACUUGCCUAAUCAUCUAAACCAAAAGCAGUAUUUGGAGAAAUUCUUCAAAAAAGCAGGAAAGGUGCAACGGAUGUAUUGUAAACCUGCUCGGAAAAUAGCAGUCAUUCACUUCAACAAUCAUACGGCUGCUGCCAAUGCAAAGAAAAUGGCGAAGAAGUUGCACAGCGACGUAUGCAUAUUCUAUUACAAGAAGAAGACGACCAGUCCUGGUAAGAAGGGGGAGUUCUUAAGUAAAAGUGAGCAACAGAUAGAAGAGAGGGAAGAAAGACUGAGUGGAGAGGAGAGUACCAAGCUUUCCCCUAUGCGAAAACGACUGGUCCGAGAUAUAACCACCGGGACUGGGGCUAAAACGUCCCCACCGAAGAAACCUGGGUUCUCCAAGGCUCUGCAUUUUGAUGUUGAAAGCUCUGAUGCCCAAAGACCGCCUUCUGAUUCAUCAGGAAUAGCGCUACCACCGUCACUUUCUCACCUUUUAGGAUUGGUGGCCGAGAGUUCAGAAGAUAAGUACCUCCUACUGAAUCAGCGGGAUAAAAUAUUGCGACAAGCUCGUGUUAAGAGAACUGAAUUAGACCAGGCCAAGCUGUUUGUUGGAACGUGUCCUGAUAUGUGUCCUGAGAAGGAGCGAUAUAUGAGGGAAACUCGCAAGCAGCUGAGUAUAUUUGAACUUCUACCCGGAACAGAUAAGGUAGACCAUGCAACUGCUAUAAAGGAGUAUAGUCGUUCCUCUGCUGAUCAGGAAGAGCCUCUCCCUUAUGAGCUGCGCCCGACGCACGUGCUGAGUAUGACCAUGGACUACCUGGUGACUCAGAUAAUGGACAAGGGAGAGGGGAAUUAUCGGGAAUGGUAUGACUUUGUAUGGAACCGGACUCGUGGGAUAAGAAAGGACAUAACUCAGCAACACUUGUGUAACCUCAGUACUGUGUCUUUGAUGGAGAAAUGUAUGCGCUUCCAUAUACACUGUGCCUUUGAGCUGUGUGAGGAGCCUAUGUCGUCUUUUGAUGCAAAAAUCAACAAUGAGAAUUUGACAAAGUGCUUGCUGAGUUUAAAGGAGAUGUACCAAGACCUUCACAAUCGUGGGAUAUCCUGCCCUUGUGAGCCAGAGUUCAGGGGAUACAGUGUCCUGCUUUCUCUAAACAAGGGAGACAUUCUCAGAGAAGUGCAGGAAUUCCAUUCUACAGUCCUCCACUCUGAAGAAGUCAAGUUUGCCGUGCAAGUGUUUGCUGCUCUGAAUAGCACAAACUUUGUAAGAUUCUUCAAACUGAUUCGAUCCGCAUCAUAUUUAAACAGUUGCAUUUUACACCGCUAUUUUAACCAGAUCCGUCGAGAUGCACUUCGAGUUUUAAAUGUUGCAUACACUCCCAGCAUCCAGAGACCUACCUUAUUCCCGCUGGAGAGCAUGCUGCAGAUGCUGUUUUUCCAAGAUACAAAUGAGGCCACAGAAUUCCUUAAUUCUUAUGGACUCAGUGUAUCUGAAGGUAAUGUUGAACUUAACCGCUCUGCAUUCUUUGAGCCUGAGGUUCUGCCACAUCCCAAGAAGUGCUUCUUCAUUAGCCAAAAGCGGCAAGUCUCUGUAGGGGAGAUUGUGAAUGGAGCAUCUCUCCCACACUUCGCCCUACAUUAUCCUCUGUCCAGCUUUGAUGCUCUGAAUAAGUACACAGGAGGGAACAGCUUAGUUGAACCAGGACUCAGAAGUAUCCAAGAGACACAUGGUUCUGCUAUGUUUGGUAUAGAAAAACCAGAGGAGAGAGAGAUUGAACCUGAAGAACAGCCUAACAAGCAGACUUUUUCACUUCCCACGGAAACCCUAGAACCUAUCCCGGUUGUUCCAAUAUCAGUCUUGCGGCCCAUAAUGGUACCUAAGCCACCCCCAUCUCCUCCAAAGCCAGUUUUUACUGAAGAGGAUAUUCAUUUGCUGGCACAAGAUAUAACUGAGGAAAUAGUGAAAGAGCAAAGUUUUGAACUCAUCCAAGCUGCUACUGCCUACAUCUCUGCUGCCAGAGGGGCAGCAGUCCCUAUUGCUGACACACUGCUCACAGAUGUGAUUUCUGAGAUCUCACACAGAGUAGCAGUGGAAGAAGUGAGCUCUGAGAAGCAAAGAGUGAAGGAAGAGAAGCUCAAAAAGGCAGAAGAAGCAAGGCUAAAACAAGAGAGGGAAAAGCUACUAGACCAAAUCAGCCUGUCUCAGUGCAAAGAUCUAUUAAAGGAGGUUUUAACUGACAGUAUCUACAAUAUUUCAGCUGAAGAGCUUAAGCAUGCUGUGCAGCUAGACAAAAAUGCACGCAUCUCUCGCUGCUCUGAAAAGGUAUGUGAUGAGUAUCUGAGUCAGUUCUUGGAAGUGGAGAUUUUUGAGUUAGCACGAGAUUCCCUUCAUGAGAUGCAGUACUACAGCAAGUACCUUCAGAGAUGGAGGGAAGUGUUGGCUGUGCGUAAAAAGCUAAGGCGGCAAAUGCGAGGUUUCCCAGCCGCACCUGGUUCUGUAAGCCGCAAUGAUAAACUGAAAGCCUUACUUCCCAGCGCUGCUUUACAUGGUGCCCAUCUGGGCUUUGCAAAAGGUUUCCUGAACCUGGGACAUGCUGGGAAAAUAGGGGUAUCUUUUACAAGUUUUCACCAGAGCAGGGAGAAGAUAUUUCACCAGAUGAAAGUUCAGCAUUUUUUCCAGAAGUUGUUAUGUGAUGCUGCUUGGACACCUCUACAGCUACCAUCUCUGAUAGCCCAGAAUCUAGAAUCAUGGAAGGACUGUAUAUUUUGGAAGUUGGUACUACUACUGCCAGAAACCUCAGAGAUACCUGAACCAAGCAGUAUUCUUUCAGAGUGGUUAAAGGCCAAGUUCUCCUGGACAGGUGGUCAGACUUCAGAUACAGAGCAGCAAAGCGUAGACACGCUGGUACUCUACAGCUCUCUUGAAUCUCAGAAUGGCCGCCCUGUGCGUGUUAAUGUGUGUGUCAAGGUGGCACAGGGCCCACUAACAACCUCAGAGAUGGAGCAAGUGGAAACAAAGAGAGAUCUAUUAGGGACCAGUGGCCUUAUCCUUCUAUUGCCACCUGUAGAUGACAGUAUUGAGGAUGAUGUGUAUUGGCUGUCUGCCUUAUUGCAGCUCAAGCAACUACUUCAGGCCAAGCCGUUCCAGCCUCCAAUUCCCCUUGGAGUGCUGGUUCCAGCAUUUGGGAUGAACACUAUGACUAAAGUGGAAGAAGGCCUAAACCUUGCAGAUUUAGUCUCAAAUGGUCUCAUUUCAGAGUAUGAGAUUUUCCCUCUCUCUGGUUCUUUAGAUGACUUGCAAGGUACCGAACAGGUCACCAGUGCUGUACAGUUUCUACUCUCCAGCUGCCCUCAUACCUUGGAAUUAUGCUCCCUUCCCUUGCGCCAGUUUAUAGAAGAUGGCAUAUGUAGUGGAUUUAGCGAGCCUUUUCAUCGAGACAUGUGGGAAAGAAAGAAGGCUCGUCUUCCCUCACAGGAUCCUGCAGCAAUAAUUGAUCUGUACAACAGUGUACUUGCUUUCUUAGCAAAUGUUAUUUCCUCUGAGCAGCUCUCUGAUAUCUCUUGGCCAGUAACUGAGUUCUCUUGUCCAAAUGGCACUGCUGUACUGCCACAUACUUCCUGGAACCACCCUGGGCAUCUUGCCUGGCUAAAGAAGUCUGUACUAUCCUUUCAGAUUCCACAGAUGGACAAACCUCCCCAAGGAGCUCCCUGGCUUCCUGUCUGCUCUAUGAUUCUGGAGUACAUUGAUCAGAUCUGUCGAUGUAAGCAGGGGCUCCCAGUCUUGCUCUCUGAGGUGCAGAUCCUUCUUAGACAUGCAUAUGAUAAACUGCAUACAAAUGCAGGUGGCAGAUACUCGGAGGAGUUUCCUGCAGAAGAAUUUCCAUGGGAUGAUUUAUUAAACCUGUGUAUCAACCACAAGCUUCGAGACUGGGAUCCAUCAGUGAACUCUGAAUACUCGGGUUCUCUUGAAGACAUUCAUGUCUAUUUCUUGCAAGAUGAUCUGAGAAAUCUGAGUCCUUCAAAUUUAUGGGAAAGAGCUCGGAUGAGCACACACACAGAUGCGCAAGAGACUUAUGAUGGUCGAUCUUACAGGCAACGUCUUCCCACACAAAAGACAAAAAUGUUGGCUUCAAUUCGUGUGAGCCCUGAGCAAAACCUGGAAAAUGAAGAGUUAGGAGCCGAGUUCAAGCACAUAAAUAAGCUCAGGUUGCAGCUCAAACAGUCAUUGGAGGCUGAGAGGGAAGAGAGCAAAGGGUGUAAGGAGAAACUGCAGAAGUUUCUUGAAGAAGAAGCUCUGGAAACAUCUGCGUCACCUCUUCUCCCUAUGUACCUUCCGGAAGCCUUACUCAGGCCCCAAGAGAAACCAACAAAUCGGUCACACAGUGGUGUUCAUUCCUCCCCGCUGCAUAUGUCUCUGGAGACUGCUCUAUACAUUUCUUCCCCACAAAGGCCUGUGGAACACAACAUGUCUUCUUCCCCCCUACAAAGGGCUCCAAUAAAAACCCCACAACUGAGAUCUACAGAGAAUAUCAUUCACGCUGCCUCCCAAGAUUCAUCUCUAAGUGAGAGCCUCUCUGCGUCACCUUUGCGUCCCUCUCUUACAGACAAAUUGAAUGAGCUGCGUAGACUCAUUAAUGCAAAUCGGCAGGAAAACUCUGCUUUAGAACUGCACUUAAACACCCUGUUGGAUGUGGGUAAAUCCUGUGAUGCAGCAGAACAUCAUCUUGUCUGAGGCUUGCAGAGAACUUGUGAACUCAUUCAACAACAUGGAAAAACCCUUCACAUAGAGUUACAGGUCACAGCAAGCUAUGCGAACACAGAAUAAAAUUUUUAAAGUUGAUUUUCUGUUUGUCAUGAUCUCGUGCAGUAAAGUGUGCAGUUCACAGGUCUCUAAUAACCAGGAUGGAGUAUUCUUUUCCUUAUACAGCACUUAGACUCCUGCUUAAGUGGACCAGUGAAAGUAUCAGGAAGCUUUUUAGGGCUUAACAAGAGAACCUGACAUUAAGGCCCCACUCUGCAUUAGAUGUUCACAGUAAUACAUGUAAUAGAUGUCACAGAUACCUAUGGAGAAAUAAGAAAGGUUUGGUCUCACUGGGCAACCCUGUGAUAGGUCUGGCCCUGGACAACUUCUGGUCUGAAUAUAAAAAUAGCUUUGCUCCUUGGUUCUUAAAGUGACUAUGAUGGAAGUUGGCUAAAUGUUACUUUUACCUUUAAAAGAAGCCUGUUCAGUUAAACAUUUCAGUUUGAGUGCAGAUUUUUUGGAAUAUUGUUUUCAAUACAAAAGUCUAAACUGACCGUUGUGUCAUGAUUUUGGUAAGUUGCUUUGAGUCAUGGAAAAUAUGUCCAGUAGAGACAUUAAAGCUGGCAGCAGAUGUAACCAGCUGUUCCAUUUACACUUAAAGGGGAAGGAAAAGCAAUCCUUUAGUAGUACCCCAGGCCAGUGCAGUUUUCACCAUACAGGAGCAAUGGCCCAGCAUCUAAAAUAACAAUUACAAUCACCCCCAGUCAUUAUGCCUUUCCUUCUCCUUUAAUUACUUUUUUCUUUAAAACCAAAGCAGAAGUGAAGAUGUGUGAUAUCUAAUUUGGUGUAUAAAUGGAAAAUAUAGAAUUUUUUGCAGUAUGUGCAUUCUAAAUGUACUUCUUUUUGUUCUUUUAAUAUUAAAAUCAUUAAAAUGUUGACACAAA